AGUCUGAAGAAAACUAAACUCCAGGUCAGACGCGAACUACAUUUUAAGUGCGAUUCAUGCUGUGUUAAAAAUUCUUUGGCUGGAAGUCUGGUGGGAUAAAGCCUGUAGUGACGGUGGAGGCGCACACUUGAAGAUAAAAGUUAAGCGUUUUUUGUAAAGAACCUAAUGCCCCGCGCCAAGUCAUAAAGUUAGAAACCAAGGGGAGUGGAAAUACGAAAAGUUGAAGAAUAUGAUGAUGACUGAGAAAGAGCUGGUCAUAGACGACAUCGUCACAGAUGCAAUGGCCACUCCAUCUCCAGCCAAAAGUAUGGGCGACCCAGGCAUCACGCCACUCUCCCCCACACAUGUACUGAAUGACUCGGAGGACAAUGAGCCUACAAGACACUACUAUGUGGUGGUGGUGGCCAUCGACUUUGGCACCACCUCCAGUGGCUACGCAUAUGCCUUCACUAAAGAACCGGAGUGCAUUCACACCAUGAGGCGUUGGGAGGGUGGAGACCCAGGUGUGUCCAAUCAAAAGACGCCCACCACCAUUCUCCUGACCCCAGACAAGAAGUUCCAUAGCUUUGGUUAUGCAGCCCGAGAUUUUUACCACGACUUGGAUCCCACUGAAUCUAAACAAUGGCUCUACUUGGAAAAGUUUAAAAUGAAACUACACACCACUGCUAAUCUGUCCAUCGAUACAGAUUUGCAUGCCGCCAAUGGGAAAAAGGUGAAAGCUCUGGAUAUAUUCGCGUAUGCUCUGGCUUUUUUCAAGGAGCAAGCUCUUAAGGAGCUGAGUGACCAGGCAGGGGCGGACUUUGAUAAUGCUGAUGUCAGAUGGGUCAUCACUGUACCGGCCAUCUGGAAGAUGCCGGCCAAGCAGUUUAUGAGAGAGGCCGCAUAUAAGGCUAGUCUGGUUUCUCGUGAAAACCCUGACCAGAUGAUCAUUGCUCUGGAACCCGAAGCUGCAUCCAUUUACUGCCGCAAGCUCCGUCUUCACCAAAUGGUUGAUUUGAGCAACAAAACAGCCCUGAACGGUUAUAGCCCGACAGAGAAUGUUGGGGCGGGAAUGACACAAGCCAAGGAGCAUGUGCGCCGUAACCGACAGAGCCGCACGUUUCUGGUGGAGAAUGUCAUAGGAGAGCUCUGGUCUGAACUCACUGAAGGUGACCGUUAUGUUGUUGUGGAUUGUGGAGGCGGGACGGUGGAUCUGACUGUGCAUCAGAUCCGUCUGCCUGAGGGACACCUAAAAGAGCUUUAUAAAGCCUCAGGAGGCCCGUAUGGAUCUAUCGGGAUAGAUUAUGAAUUUGAGAAGCUCCUGUGUAGGAUAUUCGGGCUGGAUUUCAUUGACCAGUUUAAGAUCAAGCGUCCGGCUGCAUGGGUGGAUCUAAUGAUCGCCUUCGAGUCUCGGAAGAGGGCAGCGGCCCCUGACCGAAGCAAUCCACUCAAUAUUAACCUGCCCUUCUCUUUCAUCGACUACUACAAGAAGUUCAGAGGACACAGUGUGGAGCAUGCACUGAGGAAAAGCAAUGUUGACUUUGUGAAGUGGUCGUCGCAGGGCAUGCUGAGGAUGAGUCCAGAUGCAAUGAAUGCGCUGUUCAAACCAACCAUAGACCACAUUAUACAGCACCUGACUGAGCUAUUUGACAGGCCGGAAGUGACAGACAUUAAGUUCCUUUUUCUUGUGGGUGGAUUUGCCGAAUCUUCUCUGCUGCAGCAGGCGGUUCAGAACAUGCUUCAGGGGCGGAGCCGGAUUAUCAUUCCCCAUGAUGUGGGCUUGACCAUCCUCAAGGGGGCGGUGUUGUUCGGCCUUGAUCCCAGCAUCAUUAAGGUGCGGCGCUCUCCGCUCACCUACGGCGUGGGCGUCCUAAACCGAUUCGUGGAGGGGAAGCACCCUCCCGAGAAGAUGCUCGUGAAGAACGGAACGCGCUGGUGCACCGACGUCUUCGAUACAUUCAUUUCCGCAGAUCAGUCGGUGGCGCUCGGUGAAACGGUGAAACGCAGCUACACGCCGGCCAAUCCGUCGCAACAGGUGAUCAUCAUCCACGUGUACUGCUCGGAAAAAGAGUCGGUCAGUUUCAUCACGGACCCAGGCGUGAGGAAGUGCGGUACGCUGAAGCUGGACGUGAGCGGUACCGAGAGUCCAGUGGCACGACGAGAGAUCCAGACGCUCAUGCAGUUCGGAGAUACUGAGAUCAGAGCUAUGGCUAUUGAUGUGGCAACAUCUCGCACCGUCAAAGCUAGCAUUGACUUCCUCAGUCAGUAGAAUUACCAAAUGAUAGAAGGAUAGAAAUGGAGAAAUAUAUAGGGAGAGAAAUGAAGGUUGUAUGUUUGGAAACUUAUACAUCAUCAUUUAUUUAAUAGUUGUGCCAUUCGUUCGUUUUUUUUUCUUUCUUUCGUUGUCCUGAUACUGUACGCAACACAAUGUCUUAUACAAAAAAGGACAUUGAGUAGUGUUUUAAUUUUGUCUAUUUUCAUAUCAGACAGAUUACGAAGUCUGUUCACUUCACCUCAUCUUAAUUCAUUAUUCUCUGUAUGCUUCUAUAAAAAGUCUGUUUGUAGUCUCGUAGUGGCUGUUUAUGCACAGAGAUGAAAAACUGCAUGGGUAGAGUCAAAAUACAACUGUGUGUUGCUAAUAGUGCCAGUCUGGGAUAGCACCACGUAUUAACAAGUCAACGUAGCGCUAAAUUCAGGUUAAGGCAGCUACAUCUGUUUUAUAUACACAUCAUGGCAGAAAUAUAAUAUCAUUCUCUUACAAAACUUUCUGCUUUGCUCUUAAACUCCAAUGUUACCGUAAAAGCCUGGCCCAGUCCAGAACCAGUUCAUUCAUUUAGUCUAUCGUGAACAGUUGGGUGCUGGUGUUUUUGGAUGCUAGACUGGUCAAUAUAUUAAUGUCAUAGUAAAGUUACUAGAAUGAAACUCUGUUUGCCUGAUAUAGAAACCCAGGUAUGAAUCAUCUCAAAUACUUGUUGGGAGUUGGAGCGUAGUUGAGAGCAUUACAAGUUUGAUCUAACCUGAGAUACACUGCAAAACAUUUUCUCAAUCAACAUUUUGUUUUGUUUCCAGUAAAUAUAUUUAUUUAAAACAACAUAAAUUAACUUGAGAAAUCGUGUAUGAUAAUGCUUGUUUUUAGAGAAUAUGAAAAAAAAUAGGGGUUGUUUCCCGGACGAAAUUAAGACUAUUUUAGAGUAAAAUUAAUGUUAGAGCUGUCUAAACUGAAAACAGCUUGCACUAACAACAUUAGUGACAUUGUUUUGUCUCAAAAUGCACACAAGUCAUGUUUUUUUUUGUAAGGCGUGUUUGUAAAAACUCCUUAAAUGUCCUAAUUUAACUAAGGCCUAGUCCUUGUUUAACCUAAUCCUUGUCCGGGAAAACCGCCCCAUAACGUUUAACUUUAUUUUGAUCAUCCCACUGGUGUUCGUUAGAUUAGAUUUAUGCUCAGAUCAUUUGAUAUUGGGUAAGAAAAAUAAACCCAAUUAAACAUGUUAUUUAGUCUCUCUCGCCCCUUAUGAUUUCCAUAUGAUCUUCUCUUCAUUAUACUAUCCAGUUAAGUUGUAAAUGUAUAUUUUCUUUAAAAACAAGUUAUAAUUUCUAUUUUGUUUAGAUAUUUUAACUGGAAAACAAGAACAAUAGACCGAUUAGGAAAAUGUUUGCAGCGUGUGCAUCCCUAAAGGUGCUAAUACCUGUGACAAAACUACUUUCAGUUCAUCACUAGUGCUACAGGACUGCUGGGUAUGGUUGAUUUUUUUCUUUGUAAGUGUUGUCAUCUUCACUUUGCUUUUUUAUGUGUGUAUUGUACCCUUCCUAACAGCUUCCUUUUUUGCAUGUUAAGGCAUGUUAUGAGUUCUGGGCAGUUCCAUAAACUGCAUUUGGCAUGCUGGACAACUAUAAGGAAAUUGAUUUUACAUCUAAAGAGACUGAGAGCGGCAUUUGUUUUGUCCCUGAAUUCAACAUAUCCUAAUUGUCGGUCAGUACGUUGCUCUGCGCUGAAUGAGAACGCAUAAAUCCAAGAAUGUGAAUUUUAGCUGCGCCUGCAACAUGAAUUCAAACAAUAGCCAUUGCUAUAUGCUAGUUGCCUUUAUUCCUGCUCUUUAGAGAGAGAAGCCACUGAUCUUUCUUUUUUCUUUCUUUUUAUUUAGAGAAUUACGAAGAAUAUGUGACAAAGGAAAAUGUGUAUAUACAGUAUUUAAAGAUAUUGUACAGAUUUUUAGCGUUGUUUUAGCAUUAGCGGCUUCAUGUGUGUAUGCAGGACACUAUUCUUUCAUACUCACCAGCCUUCAUAUGAAUCCGAAUCUCAGAUAUCACCCUAAUCCAAACCUAAUCAUAACCUUCCCACUUUAAACCCUAAAGAAGACCCUUUAAUUUUCCUACUCCCAAUGCCAUAGCCAGACUGAAACCUAAUCUUCGCUUGAACCCCAAUCUGAACUCUAAUAAAAACUUAAAAAAUCUUUUUAUAAUGUGAUGAAACUCUUUAUUUUAACCUUUAACUGACUCCCAAUUCCUAAUUUCCAGUUCCUGUUUCCUAAUCCCAAAUACUCAAAAUGAGCGAUUGUGUGAGUUGCCUGUGUUGCUCUGUUUUGACUUGAAAACCUUUGACCUUAAAAACUGUACCGCCAGUUAUCAUUGACUACAAAUGAAGUGUACAUUUUGGUAUGUUUUGGGGAGAUGAGGUGACUGAUGGUUUGAGGUGUGUGCGCUCACAUCUUAUUCUCUAGAUGAUACAGUGGCACAAAUUAGAGGCAAUAGUUCUGUGUUGGUUGAAAGAGGGCACAGAUAGAUAGCCAACCCUCAGUUAUACGUUAAUAAUGAUAAAACACUAAGAUAUUUAACGUAAGCAAUAAAGAUAUUGCAAUGUGAUGUUCCAGCUGUACUCCAUCGUGCUAUUUUGCCAGUGUAACGUGUGUGAAAGCUUUAGCUACAAAACAAUGUUUCUAUAGAAUAUUAGUCAUUAACAUUUUUAGAUCAAGGUGAUGGUUUUUUCAUUAAAACAACAUGCAUUUAACAUUAUGUUGAGCAUGCAGAGCACUGGAAUUUAACAGUGUCAAUACAUGAGAAAAAUUCUGAUCAGCUUUUGGCGUUCUUGAUAAUCUGCUUUAUGCAAAUGCUUUGCAGUGCAAGACAAAACUUGCAUUGAUUUCAAAAUAGUUCUUAUAAAGAACCAUUAAAAGUUGCAAUAAAUCGCAGACCAUGCUACUAAAGGGAUAUAGUUUAACCCCGAAAAUCACCCUCAUGUCCUUCUAAACCUUUUGAUAGCAGCUGCUGUUAUUACUACAAUAAUGUUUUGGGUAAAAUAUCACUUUUAAGUGUUCACAUCUGCCGAGAUCCAAAGUAAAACAUCAUCAAACUAUUUAGUAUCAAUAAAAAUGAAAAUAACAAACUGCAUAAAUUUGAUGCUUAAGCUUCUCUAAAUGUAAAUUCCUCUCUGAACUUGCUUCUAGUGUGAUUGUUAAUUGCUAAUAUUUGCGUAUACUCUGCACGAUCUGCAUGAGUGACCAAAAAGACGAAAGAACAUUACAUUUAAAUAUUCUAUUUUCAAUUACAGUGAUAGAUCUUUGCUUAAUAAAUAAUUCAAGCUAUCACAGAUCUCUAUUGGCUGUGCAAGAAUGUGAUGUCAUGAUGUCAUCAGAUGAUGUGUGUGCAUGCACAUUUCGGGCAGGUGAGACACUUGUUAGCAGAGCACACAUAUGGACACAAACCUGUGCAGAUUUGUGGAGUAAGCACACCUUUAUUUGCUCUGAAUGAAUUGAUAAAUGUUUUAAAAACAUUUCUGUAUCUCCUUGUUCUGCUUGUUUUAAAUUAAGCUUUUGUUCUACAAACACUUUGUUUAUGGGCAGCUUUAUUCUUUUUUUAAUCAAUACCACAUGUGUAGCCUCUUGCUAUGAUAUGCUUGUAAAUUCACCUAUAGAGCACUAUUCUUUUGUAUUUCAUUUUAAAGAUUUAUUAUAUUUGCAAUUUUAUUACAGCUAGAGAUGCUUAUUCUUGUAAAGGGACGUUCACAUUGUGAAUUUGAUUUUGAAUGGCUUGUCAGCAUAAUUCUGUUAAAUUAGAUUUAGCUAAAAGAAAAGGGGAUUGGUCAUAGGGUGUGAAUCACAUGGUAAAUGAAGUCCACCGUUUACUAGAUGUUGUGCUUUAACUGCUUAAAAAUGACCUUGUCAUUCACUUAAAAAUAAGAUGGCUGCUCCCGCUAGAGCAGGCAUGCAGUCUCACACUGUGUGAACUCACAAAUGACACCCACCGGGUUCUUUUUAAUAUAUAAAAACAGCGUCACUGCUCUUGCAUAUGCACAUCCAAAAACACAAAAGGUUUGCAACUGUAUUUCAAUCAAUGCCAAGUACUAACAGCCAAAAUAUCACCCAAUAAAAAUGUGUAUUUC